AUGUCAUUUUCUGACUUGAAACAAAAAUCUGGAAGGAUAAGGACUCAGAUAGGAAGCAAGUGGAGCCUUGCGGCGCGGCUUGAACUACACGUUUGCGGUCUGCUGUGGUCAUCCUGCCUGCUGCCCUGCAGCGCCAAAAAAUUACCUUCUAUCUUACAAACCUACAGUAUGGAUGCGAUUAGAGUUUCGAAGGUGGAACAGAUUCUUUUCAUGAAGACCGGGUCAAUCUCCAAAGGAACACUGCAUCUUACGGCCCACCAUAUUAUCUUCCGAUAUGAGAACGCGGGCGAGAAGGAAAUGUGGAUGCCCUACCCCCUGAUAUCCCUGGUCAAUCGACUGCCGCAGACGCUGCAAGGACAAUCCCAGCUCAACUUCCACACCCGGACAUUUGAGUCCUUUUCAUUCACGUUCAAGAAAGACACAGACGCGAGCGAUGUGUUUGAGAGCGUGAAGGAGCUAACUGUUGCUCCAUCUGUCACCCAGCUGUAUGCUUUCUUCUACAACCCGAACCCACCUCUCCCGACGAGUGAAGGAUGGAACUUGUACUCUCCACGCGAUGAAUAUGGACGGAUGGGCAUUGGCACGCGUUCGAAGGCAUGGCGGUUCACGGAUCUGAACAAGGAUUACUCCUUUUGCCCCACGUACCCUGCCCGCUUGGUCGUGCCCACUCGGAUAAGCGACACAACACUCCAAUACGCCUCUAAGUACCGCAGCAAAUGCAGGAUCCCCAUCCUGAGCUAUCUACACUGGGCAAACUUUGGGAGCAUAACGCGCUCCAGUCAACCCAUGGUAGGGAUCACGCAGAGCAGAUCCGUGCAAGACGAAAAGCUCAUAGAAGCCAUCUUCCAAUCACACUGGUCGCCUGAAACUCGUGUUCCUAGUACUGCGGUCUAUGGAGCGACCCCCACGAACCUCAUCAUCGAUGCUCGACCCACCGUGAAUGCUGUAGCGAACACGGCGAAAGGCGCCGGCACGGAGAAUAUGGACUACUACAAGGAGGGAAAGAAGGUGUAUCUCGGAAUCGACCAUAUUCACACGAUGCGCGAAUCCCUGGCGAAGGUCGUAGAGGCACUGAGAGAGGCAGAUCAACUCCUGGCCAGUAUAAACAACGGUCUUCCUGACCAGGUUUCAGGGUUGGCUGUCCUCGACAGACAAGCUCUACGCCGAUCAAGUUGGCUCCGGCAUAUUCAAGCGAUAUUGGAAGGCACGCUCAUCAUCGUGAAGAACGUCCACAUAAAUUCAUCGCAUGUCCUCAUCCAUUGUUCCGACGGAUGGGAUCGAACGUCACAGCUGUCUGCUUUGGCGCAGCUGUGUCUCGACCCUUUCUACCGCACCAUUCGUGGGUUCGAAAUUUUAAUAGAGAAGGAUUGGCUGUCGUUUGGACACAAGUUCCUUGAUCGGUGUGGCCACCUCUCGUCGGACAAGUUCUUCCUGUCACCAACGGUCGACAGUAAUUCGGGCAGCGGCGCAGAUGCUGCACAGGCGUUCCUCGCGUCGGUGCAGAAUAGGUUCGCCUCGCAGAAUCAUAUCAAGGAGACAAGUCCAGUGUUUCAUCAGUUCCUCGAGUCGGUGCGGCAACUUCAGAGGCAGUUUCCUGAACGGUUCGAGUUCAAUGAGCGGUUCCUCCACCAGCUCUACUACCACCUCUACUCCUGUCAAUUCGGGACGUUCCUUUUCAACUGCGAGCGCGAACGGAGGGUAGGAGAGGGUGCUCCGCCUGCGACCGAGAGGACUGUUAGCGUCUGGGAUUUCUUCAACUCUCCUUCGGAGAUGGCGCAAAAUCAGAACCCGAGUUAUGAUGCAUCGUUGGAUGACCCGGCCAGGAGGACGUCUGAUGCGGAUAUGGGCGUUCUGCUACCGAAUCCCAAGGACGUCCGGUUUUGGCAUGAGCUGUAUGGGAGGACGGACGAGGAGAUGAACGGGCGGGUUGUUCCUAUGCAGCCACGAGAUCCUGAUUCUACGGACAGCGCUGACGAAGAUUUAGCUAUUCAGCGGUCACUAACUCCAGACGUUACUCAGCCUUCCACCUCAAGGCCAACAGGGUUGUCGCAACCAAUGAGCCAGUCUUUGAAUGUUCCUUCCCCCUCAGCACGGAGCCCUUCUCCUGGUAUCGCCAGUGGUCUUCGAGAAUUGUCGUCCUCAUUACCUGAUUUAAUCGUCCGCGCUGGUCCAAGUAGGAAUACCGCCUCAACACCGACACCGUUGAGCGAUUCUACAUCCAAGCCUCAAGCGUCGGCAUCUUCUCCAAUAAAUUCGCCUAUUUGGGGACGUACUCGCCAACCGGAACUCUUAUCCGGAGGUGGUGUCAAGUCUGUCUGGGGAAAGCUUUCAUCCAACGCGUCUGCAGCGUUCUCGGUUAUGCAAGAUGCCUAUACUGGGGUAGCGAAAGACUUGAUGAGUUCGGGAUCUACGGAAGACACUCCGGCGAAAACGUCAGAGCUGCGUGGACGAGAGGCCCUCAAUGGUUGGGGAGAAGAGAGCUCUAAUGUUGCUUCUUCGUCGAGGGUCCCGUCGAUGUCUGCGAACAAUCCGUGGGCGUCGUCUUUUAAACAAACUUCAUCGAGAUCGUUUUCGAUAUACGAGGAGAAUCCUUGGGGAAUGCCUGACCCUGCGCCUCCUCCCCAGGAAGCACCCAACGCACAUUCCGCGCCUGUCCAACCAACAAGCCCGCUUCCCCUUGAUCCUAUAAUACCCAUCAUUCCGACACCAGUGCGCAAGCUGACUGCAUCAUCACUCACUUUGACAGGGCGGAGCUCUCCGAAACCUGGUUCAAGACGUGGCUCUCAGCUUCCAGCUGCACCAGCCUCCCCUACGAGUAAAACCAAGGACAGCAAUACAGACCCUCUCGGCGUCGGACUGUUAUAA